AUGGACAGCAAUAAAGAUGAUGAUGGACUGCGAAACAGGAUUGCAUUUCCAGGAGUGACGUCCCUGUCUAACAGCCACGCGCAUCCCCACGGCAUCCCCUUGAGAGAGCCCUUUGGGGUUCCCUUCCGCCUGGACCCUUCUUACUGGGAGCAAGGCUACGGCGGGCACUCAGGUCGCAUCUCCUACAUCCCAUUCCCUGGCUACGUGGGCAUCUAUGACUAUUCCUUUGAGCCUGCCUUCAUUCGGAAGAGGAACGAGAGGGAAAGGCAGCGGGUGCGCUGCGUGAACGAGGGCUACACGCGCCUGAGAGAGCACCUGCCCAAGGAGUUUGCUGACAAACGCCUCAGCAAAGUGGAGACCCUGAGGGCUGCAAUAAGCUACAUCAAGCACCUCCAGAGCUUGCUGGACUGCCAUCCCUUAGGGACUAACAGUAAGGAAAAGCUCUCUGCCAAGGAGCUCCCGGAAACUCCCGGUCCUGGUCCCCCGCGGGAGUGCAACAGUGAUGGAGAGUCUAAAACCUCUUCAGCUUCAUCCCCCUACAGUGAGCUUGAGGAGACAGGCAGCUAG